CGGCCACGUUGCGGAAGUCGCCAUAUUUGACAACAAUACCGGCAACUGCUGCGCUGCGACGUAACUACAUUUGCUAUCGUUAAACUUAGACAAAACAAACAUAUCAUAAAUAUAGAAUGGAGUUCAGGUUGUUGGUGUUAAUUGUCUUGGGUGUUUAUUGUCACGGGGUGCUGUGUGGAGAGUUGACUUUUGAACUCCCCGACAAUGAGAAGAUGUGUUUCCACGAGCUUAUCGAAAAGGGUACGAAGUCUACUUUAGAAUUCCAAGUUGUUAUGGGUGGAAAUUAUGAUGUGGACAUGGAACUAACAGCACCCAAUGGACAAAUCCUCUACAAAGAUGUGAAAAAGCAAUACGACAGCUUUACCUGGAAUGCAGAUUUUAAGGGCAUUUACACCUUCUGCUUCAGUAAUGAGUUUUCAACUUUUACUCAUAAAGUUGUUUAUUUUGACCUACAAGUUGGUGAAGAAAAACCUAUUGUGGAAAAUUUGGGAGAACAUGCCACAGCUAUGACUUUGAUUGAAACUUCAGCUGUCAACAUAUUUGAAGAGCUCAAUAGAGUCUUGGACCUUCAGACCCACUUCCGGCUUCGGGAGGCACAGGGACGAGCAUUUGCUGAAGAUUUAAAUGAUCGUGUACUGUACUGGUCCAUUGGAGAAUCUCUACUGAUUAUCCUGAUUGGCAUUGGCCAGAUAAUGGUCCUUAGAAGCUUCUUCACCACAAAACACAAAACAUCAACAGCCACAUGAGUUCUUGAAAAAUGUUAGAUCAUUCCCAGGGUGUGCAGGUCAUAGGAAUCAUGGUAUUGUGCUUCAUGUGGGUAGAGCAAGGUGACAUUUUGGUGUGGAGGAUAAAUGAUUGCAGUGUAUGUAAUUAUCAGACUGAGAUUCAUCUUUUCUUCUUUUGUCAUGCAUUAACUGUGUGUGAAGUGUUAUGACUAGAAGUAUAGUGGUAUGUUUAUGUAUUUGUUUGUGCAUGUGUGUGCAUGUACAGAAAGUGUUUGUGAUUGAGUUUUGUUUGUUGUAUCUUAGGGAAAGUAAAAUUUAGACUUUUAAAAGAGCAAAAUAAUAUUACCUACAUAGAAAGAUGGGUUAAGUAAUUUCUGUUAAUUGCAUGCAGGUGACUGAGUGAAGGCAAGAAUGAGAAAAGAGUAAUUACUUCCAUUUCACAUAUUUUGAAUGUGAUGAUUAAGAUUGUUUGAAGGAAUAUUAUAUUGUCCAGUUGUAACUUUCACGUUAAUGGUAAGAAAUCUUAAUAAGUAAUAACUAGAGUCCCAUCAAAAUUUUUUUUCUCUUAAGAUCAGUACAUUUAGGUAGACAGUUUCGCCUUUCAUUUUUCAUCUUAUGAUCAAUUAAUACUUCCCUCCAAACAAAAAUAUCACAGGGGAAGGAUUUAAGCCAUAUGAAGAAAUUUCCCUUUCAUAUUGUAUGUAAUUGGAAUCUUAUUUUUUUUUUCUUUCCUUUCGUCCUGUGUUCCAAAAGUUAAAAAAAGGGCAAGAAAAUAAUUUCUGCUAGGUACUUGAUAUGCUUUAUUUAUAUAUGCUGAAGAAAAGUUGCAGUUAUUGAAACCAUUGUUGCAUCAUAUUUUUCUGCAUCAAUUUUAAAAUAUUUAUUUUUGUGAUUUAUCCUUCUUUUGGUGAUGUUCAUUAUACUUUUGUUCUGGAUAUGCUAACUUACAAAGCUAUGUUUCAUAGUACUAUCUUUGAUUCAAAAAGAAAUUUCUGGAAUUAUUUUAAUCAAAACAAAGAGGCUCUGCUGUAUUUUGUGAAUUUUAAGACAUCCAAUUUCACUAAUUCAGCUGGUUUUUUCCUGAUUAUUUAUAGCUCUGAUCAUUAACCAGUCAUUACAGCUUAUUUAAUAAUAAUUAUUGAUAUUUCUGGUUACUGAUCGCUAUUAAAGUUUAGUUGAUUUUCUUCGAAUUUCAGAAUUGUUUAUAAAUGAAUUCUAAUGCUGUCAUUUUAAAAUGAAGCAUAAUCAAUAUUACCAGCCUAUAAGUGAUAAUCUUUUUUUUUUUGUUGUUUGUUUGAAAUACAGAUGUAUAGGCUGAAUAAAAUCAUUCAGUUUUCGUGGAACUUUUUGUUUUUAGCGUUUUCAUCGAAAACACCUUAUCAACUUAAAAAAAAUAAAGUGUCAUUGAAUAUCGAUUUAAAAAGUAAUAAAUUUUGCAUUUUUAAGUUCUUACCCCUAGUCGCUAGCAAUUGUGCUUGCAUUUUACUUAAGGUUAGCAUCUCUUAUUUAACUUUCAAUAAAAACGAAGUAGAGAACUUUAAUGUUUUACAGAAACAAGCAUUGUUUUGUGGGAGAUUAGCGAGCUAGAACAAUUUGUGUCUUUUAACAAUUUUAGCAAAUCACUUAAAGAAAUCUGACCAAUUUUGUGUAUUGCUGUAGUUAUUUUGCAUUAUUUUAAAAAUAUGUGCAACAAACAUUGGAGGCUUUGAUCUUGUUUUUGAAACAGCUGUUCCACAAGCAUAAGAUUGUUUCUAGGUUAGGUCUUACAGGUGUGUGGUUUUGAGUUUUAAACUACUUUAAAUAAUUCUUUUGACUAGCUUUAUUUCUACUACACUAUUACUAUUAAUAACCAAAGACUGCAUUUUGCAGUUUGUGUGUGUAGGGACUUGCUGUAGAUUUUCCUCAGACUUCUUUGUUUUCUAUUUGUGCACUGCUUCAUAUUUUAUAUAUUAUUUCCUAUUUUAGAUGAUGUUUUAUCACCUGGUAUAAAAUUGUGUAAAGCUCCCUCAGGGCAGAAGCAACAACUGUGGCUGAGGUCAGGAUGGGGUGGGUAGUGCAGAAAUUACCAAGGGAAUGACUUUCUGUGCUUUCUUUUUAAUCAAAAGUAAAUUGGAACAUAUGUGGUGUUGAAGGCAUUACUUGGAAAUAAUUGCACUUGAUAACUUUACUUGUCUCAUGGGGCAGUUGGGAAGCAGCAUAGGCAGCUAUACAAAGAUUGUAAACAUGAAGAUAGCUCAUGAUGCCAGUUCUGAUAGAGUCCAUGUGUAAUGCAGCACCCUCAAGCAGCAUAUGUGAUAAUCUUUGCAAGGGAAAUAACAAACUGUAAACAAUAUGCAGUGUGUUUAAUAGUUGCUAGUGUUUUCCUUUUUUUUUAUUUUGGUCAAGGAACCUAUUACCUUUUCUCUGAGUGUAGAGAUAAUUAAAAAUGGUUUAUUAUUCAACAUUUUUACAAAUUAUUGCAAAAAUAUAUUGAUCACAGUU